UGGCCCACUUCAAGAAAGAUGGUAGGAAAGUGCAUGUACCGAGUUUCGCGGAGCUUUCUUCAUCUUCAUCUUCUUCUUCUUAUGGUCCCUUCUCUCUCACUUUCCCUCCUCGAUCUGAACCUAAAAUCUCUAUUUCUGGUUACCCAGAAAUCCUAAUCCAAGUUCUCUGCCAUCAUUUUGUUGACAUCCCCACAUUUCUCACUUCUCUCCAAAUAUUACCCCACAAACCACGAUUUCUUUCCCAAAUUAAACUUCACCCACCAUCCCUCUCUAUCUACCACCCAUGGGCCAAAGCUUCAGUACCGUGAUACCACGAAGCUUGAAGCGGAAGCGGGAGCCUGAUUCUGAGGACCAAAACCAGGCUCGCAAGGUUGUCGUCGUCCAAGUACCAAACAAAGAAGCUUCCUCUUCCUCUUCCUCUUCCUCUUCCUCUUCCUCUUCCUCUUCUCGAUGGGAUGCAUUCUUGGGUUUUAGAGGCGAAGAUACUCCCACAAAUUUUACUGCUCAUCUAUACACAGCUUUGGGUCGAAACGGAAUCAACACCUUCAUGGACGACAAGCUUAGAAGCGGAGACGAAAUUUCACCGGCGCUUCUCAAAGCCAUUGAAGAGUCUGAGAUUUCAAUCAUUGUACUUUCUAAAAACUACGCAUCAUCCCGAUGGUGCUUGGAUGAGCUAAAAAAGAUCCUCGACUGUAGAAAAACAAGGGGCCAACAGGUUUUACCGUUGUUCUACGACGUAACUCCUGCAGAAGUACGUCAUCAAACCAAAACUGUUAAGGAAGCAUUCGCUCAACUUGAAAAACGGUACAAAGAUGAUGAUAAGAAGGUGAAUAUGUGGAAGUCAGCCCUGGCGCAAGUGGCCAAUUUGUCAGGAAUGACUUUGGAGAACAGGAAUGAACCUGAAUUUAUUCACAAAAUCAUUGAAAGGCUGAAUUCUAUAUUAGUGAAAAAGACAAACUUUCAAGUUGCCCAGUAUCAAGUUGGAAUGGAGUCCCGUGUACAAAAAGUGAAGUCGCUUUUAGAUAUAGAGAAGAAUGACACUACACGCAUGGUAGGGAUCUUCGGAACUGGUGGAAUUGGUAAGACAACGAUCGCCAAAGCAAUUUACAACUCGAUGGCUUCUCACUUUGAAGGUAGUUGUUUUCUUAGAGACAUUAGAGAAACUUCCGGCAAAACGAACGGUUUGAUCCAUUUGCAAAAGAAGCUUCUUUCUGAGAUCCUAGGAGAUUCAAGUCUAAUGAUUGACAAUGUUGAUCAAGGAAUUACUUUAAUAGAGAAGAGGCUUCGCCGAAUAAGAGUACUUCUAGUUCUUGAUGAUAUAGAUCAGUUAGACCAAUUACGAAAGUUAGCUGGAAAAACUACUUGGUUUGGCGUAGGAAGUAGAAUCGUCAUAACAACAAGAGAUAAGCAUUUACUUCGUGCACAUGAAGUAGAUUCAAUGUACCCGGUGAAUAAGUUGGAUCACAAUGAAGCUCUUCAGCUUUUUAGUUGGAAUGCCUUCAAUAAAAACAUGCCUGAUGAUGAUUAUGUGAAAAUCACAAAAGAUGCGGUAAGUUAUGCUGGAGGAUUGCCACUAGCUUUAACACUGCUAGGCUCAACUCUAAAAGAUAGAAAAUUACCUUAUUGGGAAAGUAAAUUGGCCAUGUACAAAUUAAUUCCGCUCGAUGAUAUUCAGAAAAAACUUAGAAUAAGUUUUGAUGGGUUGGAUGAAAAUGCCAAGAAUAUUUUCCUUGACAUUGCAUGUUUCUUCAAAUUGGAGAUGCAUGACUUGCUGCAAGAAAUGGGUAGAGAAAUUGUUCGACAAGAAUCACCUGAUGAACCUGGCAAGCGCAGUAGAUUGUGGUUUCAUAAAGAUGUUCGGGACGUCCUAGAAAGAAAUGAGGGAACAAACAAAGUUGAGGGCAUAUUGAUAGAGUUGCCUGAACCAGACCUGAUACACUUAAGUCCCAAAGCCUUCAAGAAGAUGAAAAGGCUCAAAAUAUUUAUUAACCAUAAUGCACGCUUUUCUAAAAAGCUUAAUUGUCUCUCUAAUGAGUUAAGAUUGCUUGAUUGGCCUGAUUAUCCUGGAGAAUCUUUGCCAACCAAAUUUUGUGGAAAGAACCUUGUUGUUUUAAAAAUGCCUCAAAGUCAGCUCAAGACAUUGGAGGGAGUCCAGAAUUUCCAAAACUUGACAAUUAUGAAUUUCGAAUAUUGUGAGUUCCUAAGAAAAAUUCCUGAUGUUUCAAGGAUCCCAAAUUUAGAAGAGUUAGAUCUUAAUGGUUGCAAAAAUUUAGUUGAGGUUCAUCAUUCUAUUGGAUUCCAUGAUAAGCUUGUUAGUUUGGAACUUGAAAGUUGCCAUAAUCUUAGGAGUUUUCUGAGAAGCCUCAAGAUGAGAUCUCUAAAAUUUCUUAGCCUUGAGUAUUGCUCGAGUCUUAAGAACUUUCCUGAAAUUGAGUGUCAGAUGGAAUGUUUAGAGUAUAUAAACUUUGGAGGAACUGGUAUAGAGGAACUACCUUCAUCUAUUGGGUACCUCGUUGGGGUUAAAACUUUAAUUCUAUCAGAGAGUGAUAUUGUUACCAUUCCUCCAUACAUCAGACGAUUGGUUAGACUGGAGAUCCUUGAUUUGCAGGAAUGCUGGCAACUUCAAGAAAUUCUAGGAAUUCCACCAAAUUUAAUUGAAAUGAAUGCGAGGGAUUGUGUGUCAUUGAAAAUAUUUUUAGAAGAAGCUAGAAGAUCUCCAGAGGCCCUAUUCCAGGUUGGAAACCAUGUUCUAACAGAAUCGAAGUUCUUGAUUCAACGCGAUUGUCCUUCUAGUUUGACAAGUCUUAAUCUAACAGAAAGCGCUGUUGUUAACCUUCCUACAUGGCUCAACACAUUUGUUGGAUUGGAGGAUCUUUACCUGGACCGUUGCUAUCAACUUAAAGAAAUUCCAGAACUUCCACCAAAUAUAAAAAAGGUAUAUGCGGAAGGAUGCACGUCAUUGGAAAGAUUUCAAUUUCAUAAUAUAAACCAUUUACCAAAGCUUGAACGGAUUGACUUGAUCAACAAUUGCUAUAAACUGCGUGAAAAUAUGGGGGAUGAUCUGCAAAUUGGUUUAUUGAGUGAGAGACAUCUUAAAGACCGUCGAAUAUUUGAAGGUAUUUUUCCAGGAAAUAAGAUUCCAGAUUACUUCAGUCAUCGUAAAGAGCUUUCAAAUACCGAUUCGUGUGAAAUAGAUAUCCAUGGGCCUCUACAUUUGGAUUCGAAGAAUACAAGAUUUGCUUUCUCUGCUGUUAUUAGAUCAGAGAAUAUAAUAGAUGGUAUUUUUUAUUUUACUAUGUGCAUUGAAGUCAUCAAUCAUAUUGGUCAACGCAUCUAUUAUGAACAGCGGGAUAUGCCAGCAUUUGUAUUUGGCUCAGAUCAUGUAUGGUUGAAAGUCAAUGUGCCACACCAUUCUCAACUAGAGACAAAGACGGAUAAUCUUCGAGUUAUAUUUAAAUUUGAAAAUGACUAUUCUUCACAGCCAGUGUUCUUUUUUAGAAGUUGCGGAUUCCAUCUACAGCAUAUACAUAUAGAUGAAGAGGAAGCGAUAAAUGAUGAUAUUCAAAUUGUUGAGACGCCAUGAUAAAGAUGUUGAUGAUGAUGAUGGCAACUUGGAAUCCAAUUGGUACCCAUAACAAAAGAGGCAUUCUUCUUCCUUUCAAGCUAUACCAUAUUUGUUGCAGAUCUCUUCACCUAUGAGUUCGAUCAGGUUGGUCUGUACUAUGUUCAUUCUUCUUCUUGUUCGUGACAAGGUCCCUAGCCAGCUUGGGUUAUAAUCAUGUAAGUGUUUCUCCUAUUUAGACUCCUGUUUUGUAAUUAAUUUAUCUGUUUUUUCAAACGGGACAUAUAUAAUAUAAUAUAAUAUAUGAAAUGAUGAUGAAAUAGUAAUAUAGUAAUUUUAA